UAUUAUGUAUGUGGAUACCAGAGAAAUAAAUAUUUUAUCGAAAAAUUGAAUUAGGUUGAGUUGGAUUAGUGUCACGUAAUUUGUGAAUAAUCUUUAAAAAAAUUUAAUUAAAAAAAAAGAAGCAUUUUAAGCGGAAUAUUGUAAGUCGAUGAGGCAGGAAUUUUGGUCUCCAAUCGAAAUCUGUGUAGUCUGCAAAAUACACAACAAAAUAGUCGCUGAGCCUGAUGUCGCUACCGACGGCGUCGUUUGACUUCGGAUUGGACUCCGACGCCGACGACCUCCACGCCAUCGCCGCCGAGCAACGCUGUGAACUCAUGGCCGCCAAAGCCGUCGACUCCGACCUCGACUUCGCCUUCGAUCUCCAACUCCAGGAAGCCAUCACCGCUUCUCUAUCCCUCAAUCCCCAACCUUCCACCUCCUUCGCCGCCGCCGCCGCCGCCGUCGACCAACCGGUACCGAAGGAUGACGCAUUCAAGUUCACCGACGUCCUGUCCGAUGAGCUCCUCAAACUCGAGGUGGAGCUCAGGGACCAAGCAAUCUCCGAGAGAGAAUUCCAGAGGUUGAAGAAUGAUCUCGAUCGUCGCCUCCACGAUCACAGGCUGGCGCUUGAGAUCUCGAGAAUGUCGGAGGACGAGUGGGAUGAUUGGGGGGAUAAUUUCGAGCGGCCGUUUGGGGAAGGCAGUUCGAAAGGGGGGAGCAAGGAGAUUUUUAGGGUUUAUUUCAAGGGUUUGGUGGAGAAUCAGUUUCCCAAGGAGACUUGCCUGGGAGGAAUUGGCGUCGCGAUAUGCGAUUCGAGGGAUGAUUUGCUGUUUGAGCUGCGGAAGCCGCUUGUGGGCAAGGGGACGAGCCGGCGGGCUGUGGAAAUCACGGCUCUCAUCGAGGGGCUCAAUGCUGCAUUGGAACUCCAAUUGCAAAGGAUUGUUUUCUACUGUGAUUAUCACCCGAUUUUCCAAUUUGUUACUGGCCGGUGGUCAUGCAAACAGAGAAAAAUUACUGCACUGAUAGAGCAAGUAACCAAUCUUUCAAAAAAGUUCAUGUACUGCCAGCCAGCUCUUGCAGCUCGAAAAGAGAUAAAGUUUGCAUUCAAACUAGCUAGAGAAGCGAUAGAUGCUCAGGUGAACAGAGCUGCAGAGGCAAGCGGCUCUAAGACUCCAAAGGAGACAUGUGUCAUUUGUUUGGAGGAUUCAAAUAUAGACCAAAUCUUCUCCAUUGAUGAUUGUAUGCACCGCUAUUGCUUUUCUUGCAUGAAACAGCAUGUGGAGAUGAAGCUACUCCAUGGCCUGCUGCCGACUUGUCCAGAUGAAGAAUGCAAAUCUGAACUGAAGAUUGAUAGUUGCAGAACAUUCUUGACGCCUAGGUUGUUAGAGAUUCUGAGUCAGCGGCUGAAGGAGGCUUCGAUUCCAGCGACAGAGAAAGUUUACUGCCCUUACCCGAAAUGUUCAGCUCUAAUGUCUAUGGCAGAGGCUCUAGAACAUUCAAAACCUGCCAUAGUAGGAGCAGAAAGAUCAGGAGCCAGAAAGUGCGUAAAAUGCAACGGCCACUUUUGUGUUAAAUGCAAAGUUCCCUGGCACAACAACAGGACUUGUAUUCAGUAUAAAAUGCUUAAUCCUCAUCCCCCGCAAGAAGAGGCGAAAUUGAAGAAUUUAGCAGCAACGAAUUUGUGGCGUCAGUGUGUAAAAUGCAACCAUAUGAUUGAACUCGCUGCCGGAUGUUACCACAUGACUUGCAGAUGUGGCUAUGAAUUUUGUUACACAUGUGGUGCUGAGUGGAAAAACAAGAGGGCUUCUUGCAAGUGUCCACUUUGGGAUGAGGAGAACAUUCUAGAAGAUGACUUCGACUCGGAUGAAGAGGACGACGAAGAGGACGAAGACGAGGAAGAAGAUGAUUACUAUGAUUCAGAUUCAGAUUCAGUUGAAUAUCUAUAGAUUAGAUGUUCUAAUAUAAAGUUAUCCAAGAUUUUUUGGAUACAUUUUGGCUUAGGAUUGUAAAUAUAGCAUGGUGUUUAUCCUAAAGCAUGAGAAUCAUGGUUUUAUGAAAAUAUUGGUAUUUUGUUUA